UGUGGUAUGAGUUGUCCAAGUACGAGUUGUAAAGCCCAUGUAUGUAUAUAGUCCACCAGCCUGUCUGCGGAUACUAUUUGAUCUGUGUUCCUCUAGGUUACGGGACUUAAUUUUGUGUUGGGCCAUUGGAGGUACCUUUUGCUAAUGACUACCAGGUAUCUAAGGAAUGUGCAGAACUGGUACCCACCGAUACAGUUUGACACCACGAGUUGAAUGUCAAUACAGCAGUAGAGCAUUAAUCGCAAUUUGAAUUCCUCGCCUCUUAUUCACUAGAUCAUUUAUUCUUACGCUUUUACAAUAGCCGCGUUGAUGACACGUGCCGCCUUCAAUGCAUAUCUGGAACCCUAACACGCUGCCUGACCCUGUAUCCUGAAGUAUGAACGGCUGUUAGGAGUCUCGUGCUUAAUGAUCAUUUUAAGUACCCGAAGAACAGGUUAUUCUAAAGCGCGUGGAAACGCUUCCCCUGCGCUCGCCAUAAAAGCUUCCUAAUUAAGAAAUCCCGCGAGGCAUUCAUACAGGUGUGCUUGCCAGCUUGCGUUUUUAGAACUGAGCACAUUUGGUCGCUCAACAUAGUCACGACUUGUUCCGAACAAGAAGACAAGCAUCGUUCAUCGGACAUCAUUUUGAGACACUCUGUCUAAACAGAAGUCAGCCCUGCGAGUAACGUCCAGGUCGCACCAUGUUUGUAACGGAGUCCUUCGACAGUGCACUUAGAGGAAUCUCUGCUGCCGACUAUAGGGUCGUUGAAGGCACCGACCUUCAAAGUGCCAUGUACCUGUGGAGGCAAAUGGACGGUUUCUUACUCGGCGACUCAUCGUUUCGUCCACUGCAACACAGGGUUGCCAUGACCAGGAAGUUGACAGAGUUUUAUCCUUACGCCCAAAGCAUGCUUGACAUGGGAUCCACUUUGUUGGCAACAUGGGGUACUGUGCUUCAAUACCCCAGAGAUACAUGCUGCCUACCCCAUUCUCUGAUGUUCACACGUCCAACUGCCAUGGUUCAUAUGUCCCUCACAGGUUGGGUAAAGAACGAAACUGCAGAUUACUGAGUAAGAUUACACUACAUGCGUGAGUAGAACGUCAACGUUUCAAGAAUGAUCUGACAAAAGAACAAUGAAUCUGAGGGUCACUAUGGGAAGAUCAUUUCUUUCUUUGUGCAUGUAAAUGCGUGCGUGUACACGUCGUUUCAUUCUACAUUUUUACGUGAUAAUGCUGGUAAUUGUGGUGCAUCAAUAAGGGAUCAGAAAGGAAGGGGAGUUCACGACUGCAUGUACGCUGCACAGGGUGCACUUUACUUUACUUUACUAAUUUAUUGACUAACUACACUUGAUAAAAACAGCUUUCUCUGUGUGCGUGCCUGAGCGCGCUCGCUUUCAUUUGUACAUUUUGACUGAGUUCAUCGCCCAUUUUUUAAGUCAGGGAACGGUAACGGUAGCUGAGGAAGAAAGGCCGUAUUACCGAAAUGAGAGAUGGUAUCGAUACCGGAAACGGGAACGCAUACCACGGUACUCCAUUACCGGAAGCGGAAACGAAACUGACCAUCUUGUAUUGAAUUCGGGCAAGAGUUAUUCCGGUUGUGCAGUGACAUGAUGGACUUUUCAUUUUCUUUCCUUUUUAUUUUGUCUCUAUUCCCAGCAACAUAUGCUGUGAAUACCAAAGUGAGUUUAAUUGCAAAUAAAAGCACACUUUACGUGACCCGUUAGUGAGAAUUUUGAAGAAAGUAUUCAAUAACGAAACAGAGAAAUAGGUUGAGAAGCAUUUGUCUGCAGAAAGUAAUCGGUCAUAAGUCAACAGGAGAUAAACUAUAGUCCAGUUCAACUUAGGAAGGGAAAAAAAUGUAUUCCGGCAGCUCUCAAAAUAUUACUGCGCCGCAGAUGGGAUAGCUGGACGCAGAGUGGUCACGCUCUCUCCCUGCGCCAGAUAAUGUAAUCAAACAUACUCACUUCGCUUUCGUAUUGGUUGUUAAGACUAUGACACUACGUUGCAGCAGAAAGUGCUCUCCUCUACCGGUGGCGUAUGGAGACGCUGCACUCCUUCUCCUAGCGCGCUAUUGCAGCUCCUUAUCUCCAACGGCGUACGUUGUUGACGGAGUAGAUUUCUUUUCCUUCGUAAGUUGAACACGACUAGUCCACAUGACAACACAAUAUGAACAGCUGUUAUGCAGAAAGCUUGUAGGUUCUGUUGACAUUUUUGUCUGUUGACUAUAAACAGAACGGCAACAGCAAUCUCCGUGACUACAAUUGUUUCACGGUCUGUGUGUUUCUCUAAGAUACGGGAGUUAUUUGUGUAUUGAGACUUAAUUUUGUGACUAAUUGGGCCGUUGGAGGUGAAGCCGACCCAGUCUCCGUACCUUUUACUAAUGAUUACCAGGUUCCCAGCGUGCACAGGAACCUGAACCAACCAAUACAGUUUCUCUCAUGAGUCCAAUGCCGACACAGAAGCACACAAUAGUAGCUGCAACUUGAAACCCUUUUACCUAAUUACCUGUCACUCGCUGGACGGUUUAUUUCGAUAUUUUUUCUUGGUUGCCUUAAGGCGGAUUCAUGCGACCUAGUUCACGUUCGCUUCUGAAGACAGUUGACUGCACCGUUACAAGAUUGUUCUGUUCGCUUUCCUUUCUUCACGCGCUUUAAGGAAGAGUCGGCAUCAGCGUGCAGAGCAUGCUAGCAAACGAUAAAUCCAUUAUUUUCAUUCGCAGGGAUCUGAAAAGCUGCAACCAAGCUUGUCGAUUUUUCUUUUUUGAUUGCCAUCAAUUCCCAGACUGUCACUGUAGGGAAUGACAUCAUCCUGGCCCAAAUAUCGCGGGCAGGCGUGCCGAGAUGAGCGAUUUUGUUGCACCUCCCAUGGACUCCCAUGUAUUGAAAAUUUGACAAACAUGAAUUCGCCAAAAAUCAGUGAAUCGGGCCAGGCCUUCAAAACUACGUGAUUCCCUAGAUAAACUCGAGGAGAACACCCCUGUACCAGUUUCCUGUAGUAAUUUAGCGAGGUUUACGAGAACCGUGCGGACAAAAAUUCCCCAUAGACUUCCUUAAGAAGUGAAUCCGCCUUAAGGGCGUGCACUUUCUUUAAAGCACGUCUGGAUCCCAAGCACGCACCACCUGUUGCUGGAAGUAUGAACGCCUGCUAGAUGUCUCUGCGCGUAAUGGGCAUUUAACUACCUGUAGAACCAUAACCUAACUGCGCGUCCCAUAAAACAUGCCUAACGAAGAAAUGGCUCGAGGUACUCAUACGUGUUUCUUCGCCAGCUUGCGACGUUUACAACUGCGUACAUUUAACGGCUCAGAUGAUCAGGACACGUUCCGAACGAGGAGACAACCGUUCACUGGGUAUCAUUUUGAGACACGCUGUCUCAAACCCAAGUCAGCUCUGCGAGUAACGUUCUCGUCGCGCAGGAUAAACCGACUUUCUGGACUUUUGUCAUGCAAUUUUACGACCGUGCACUUAGAGGCAUUUCUGAUGUUGGUAGGUGACCAUUGUAUGAAACUAUCGUAAAGCACCACUAGAUUUGAAUGAACGAAGCAUUAAAACGGAAGCAAGCUGGUGAAGCGAUAUUGAUGAUAUCGUGUCCUUGAGCUUGAGGUGGUGGUUGGAGCAUGAACAUCCCUCUCUACUUGUGUUUUGUGUUCCUGUCCCUGCCACCUCCUCAAGCUAGAGGAUUUGAUACCUUCAAGAUCUGAAUGUGCAUCGAGGAGUGUAAGCUUUACGGCGAGACAUGGCCAAUUUAUAGAAGCGAAAUUUGCCAUGUACGUUACAGCUCAGUGUGCGCGGGAACCCCUAGUGACUACAUGACUUUAUGUUGUUUCAGAAUAUGGAGCCGUUCCAUGCAUCUGUGGCGCCCAAUGAACGUUUUCUUCCUCGGCGACUCAUCUUUCCACACCCUGCAAAACAGAGUUGUCAUGACGGGGAAGUUGACAGUUUUAUCGUUGUCCCUACAACAGAUUAACAUGGAAUGCACUUGUUGGGGAAAAUGGAACACAGUGCUUCAACACAGAGGAGACACGUGCUGCAUACCAUCAUUAUUUUAUGGCUGCGAUGAUGACAUGUUUAUCGUCAUGGUUUAUAUCUCCCACAGGGCGGGUUUGGGAUGAAACUGCAAAUUCGUUAGUAAGCUUACAGUACAUGCGUGAGCAGGUCGUCAACAUUUUACCAGAAAUUACACACGUCUAUCAAUUCACAUAUAUAUAAUUCCACACAGAGAACGCUACGCUAACGUAUCGUAAAUAAUUUUCAUGCGUACAAAGCUUGACAAGAGUAUGACACAAGUGACACAAGUCAAAACGCACGCGAAACAAAUAUUCCAUCGCUAUAAUUUCCGAUGUGGCCCAAAAAAGCUAAUCAUCGUCUUCCGUUAACACGAUUACACCAGCCAUUUAGUGUAGUACUAUAAUCUGUGAAAGUCUGUUCCGGUUAUCAAUACAUAUCGCUGAAAAAAGGGAUAUAAAGAUAUCCACAUGUCUAAAGCUGGGCAUGACACAUGUUUAGUUCGUUGUUCAUCGGUCGACGUGUGUACGCUGCUCAUAGCCACAGUUACUGGCAGAGCGCUAACACGGUACAAAAAAAUUGGGGCGAGCUCAGUCGUGUUCUAGUUGCUGCGCAAGAAAAGUCCCAACUAUCAUCUUCAUCAUCCGUGUGCGAACCGUAGUAUUUUCCCUUCCCCGAGUACGACACGGCGAGGGUAUAGCGCACGUCAAUCGCGAAACCGAACUUACAGACGUAUUGACGUAAAAAAUAAGAAUAAUAAUGAUAAAAGUACAAUAAAAAUAAAUAAAAACGAAAAAAGUUUGGUGUUGAGUUGAAGAGUAGUGUAAAGCGUAUUGUCCAACGCUUUCCGGUGGCUUCUGAAUAAAUCUGUUGUAGGCAUUUGAAGCGGUUUCAAGUCACAUGUUUUCCAGUGCAGACAAAGACUGCGCGCUGUUCGAAUUAUUGUAAAUUAAUCUGAUGAUUACACACGCACACACACAUAAAGAUACGAUGAUGAGAUGAUUACUAUAACAAGGUACUUUUCUUUCUCUGUGCUGGACGCUAGACCUUUUGACAUUGUAAAGGUGUUUGGUGUGUGGCCCCCCAUAGCAAGAGGGAUGCAGCUCUAACUGCGCUUCUGGAGUUUAUUGCAUAGUGUUCUUUGGAAUCCGAUUGUUAUGUUUUGUGCGCUGUCGGUGUGUGAUGUUGUGAUUGUUGCCGCGGUAGCGGACAUCAAUGCUGUUGCUAUUGCGCUGUCGUUUAUGUUGCGCACAUGUUAUCGCUUUGUAUUGUGGUCCCGCGACUACGUUUUGGGGAGUGCAUGUGUUACGACACGUUUCUGUUCUUGCCAUAGUCUUUUCUUUUCUUUUUUUUGAGUACAUGUUUCUUUCUGUUUGUUUUUUUUGUCUUUCUGAGUAGCAAAAUUAGUUGGGUGCCGAAUUCAAUUCUCUAGAUAUUUUUAAAUUUUUUAAUCAACCUAUCAACUGUCUCUGUGCUUGUGUACCGCGUGUGCACGCGGUUUCAUUUUACGUUUGUACGUGAUAAUGUGGAUAAUUGUUGAGUAUCGACAAGGGUCACAGAAAAGAAAGGGAAUUCAGUACUCCAUGUACGCUGCACGCGCGCACACUGUGCGGCUUAAAAAGGUCUCUCUGUGUGUGCAUGUGUGGGUGCCGUGCGUGCGCGCGCGCGCGUUCAUUUUACAUUUUCCGUGGAUGGACUUAGGACAGCCACUGUGACACCAGCGCGUCUAAGAAAGAAUGACAAGUGAUCGCCGAACAAGGAAGGAAGAAGCUGAAGACAGAAAUCGUUAACUAUUAAAAAAAACUACUAUUGUUACAUAAUGCUCUAAUCUAAACUACAUAAACACCUUUUCAUACCUUGUAAUAAACAGCGCAAAUGAUGAAAUAAAUGCCAGCGACCAGA